AUGGACCACAAGGACCCAGCCACACUGUUAGACCUUGCUAUACAGAGUCUGCUCAGUACUGAGACUGUAAUAAUCCAAUCACUUGAGGAGAUUCCAAGAGAACUCUUUAUUCCAUUGUUCACUGCUGCUUUCUUGGGUGGACAUAAGAAGACACUGACAGCAAUGGUGAAGGUUUGGCCCUUUUUCUGUCUCCACAUCGGAACAUUAAGAGGACAUGAAAUACACGGUGAACUCUUAAAAGCCAUCGUGGAUGGUCUUCAGGUCCUUCCUGCUGUAAACUCUGCUUCCCGAACCUCCAAACUGAAGAUCCUAGAUUUGAGGCAUGAUGUUGACCGCAGGACCACAUGUUUUCAAUCCAGGACAUCCCCUUUCUGUUUUCAGUCUUGUUCCUAUUCUCAGACCUCUGCCCCAAAGAGAGAAGGCCAACGCAGCACUGUAAAUGUAGUGCCUGAGGUUGAGUUGUCCAGCUACCCCACUGAAUUACUAGUGGACCUUUCCCUGGAUGGCACCUUGAGAGCAAGGGAGUUUUUGUCUUUGCUUCUGAGUAAAGUUGAAGAAAGUUCCGGGUCCUUGCACCUCUGCUGUCGAGAUCUGCAGAUUGAUAAACUGUCUGAGUAUAAAAAUACCCUCAAACUUGUGGAUCUGUUGUGUAUUGAACACCUGGCAGUUGAUCAGGCUUCUCUUGGUGAUGUUACAACCCUUUUGUCUCACAUGGUCCACUUGGACAGUCUUAGUCUGUCUAAAAUCACCCUUAAGUCUUUGAAUGGGAAAACAUUCAAAAGUUUCCUUACCCAACUUGAGCGGAUGAAGAACCUUCAGGAGCUCAGCUUGUCUUUCUUCUGCCUCACAAAUCGUCUACACAAAUUGCUCAGAGUCCUACCACCUGAUUUGGAUUUCUUGAAUCUGCCUUUCUGUGAGCUUUCUUACAGAGACUUCAGAUUUCUUUCCCAGUGUCCUCAGGCAACCCAACUCAAGCUGCUGAAUCUCAGUAACAAUCCAAUAUCUUGGGAAGAUUGUGAGCCUUUCCAGACCCUUAUGGAAAAUGUCUCUGGUACCUUAGAGUAUCUAGAGAUAAAUCAUUGUCUUAUAACAGAUUCUACCAUAACUUCUCUUAUUCCAGCUCUAAGCCACUGUUCCCACCUCCGUGUGCUUAGUUUUGCUUCUAACCCUAUUACAAUGUCUAUGCUCGUGAGGAUCCUGCAAAACUUAAUACCGCUUAUGGAGCUGAAAUACGUGGUUUACCCCAUCCCUGUGCAUUGCUACGAGCGGUGGUAUUUUCGGGGUAGUUUAGAUCGACAGAAGCUUGCUGAUGUGCAUGCACAAUUGAAGAUGAUGCUACAGGCAGCACAGCGGACUGACAUGACCUUGAUCACUAUUUUAGAGUGA